AUGCCUUUCAAUUCACCCUUCAAGGAUUUGGACAUUCCCAUUAACAUUGAUGUUUGGUCUCUCGUUUUUGACCAGCAGAAUGUUCCGUUCCCGACCUCCAGGAGGGCGAUGACAUGCGCCGAAAACACCACGCUUUCGCACACAUGGGACCAUAUAAAGGCGGCGUCUGUCGACUUUGGCAAAGGCAUGAAGGAUAUUUGGCGUUGGAGGAAGGGUGAAGUUCUCGCCUUGUAUACGCCAAAUAGCAUUGAUCUCGCAACCGCCAAGACCCCAAUCGUCACUCUCGGCGCCAUCUGGGCCGGCGCCGUCGUCUCGCCCGCCAACCCGCUCUACAACGUCGAAGAGCUCACCUUCCAACUCAAAGACUCGGGCGCCAAAGCUAUCAUCACGCAAGCCCCCUUCCUCAAGACGGCCGUCGAAGCGGCGAAGAAUGCCGGCAUCCCCAACGACCGCAUCGUUCUGGUCGGCCAGCACAGCGACCCUUCGGGAACGUUCAAGCAUUUCCGCAGUAUCAGAUGCGUUGACUUCCCCACCCGCUUCAGGAAGGCCAAAAUCAACCCGGAGAAGGACCUUGUUUUUUUGGUCUACAGCUCCGGCACGACGGGCUUGCCCAAGGGCGUGUGCUUGACGCAUCUGAACGUUGUGUCCAACAUCUUGCAGAUGGCCGAUGUUGAUGGGCGGUAUUGGUCUGCGACUGGCGGGCUGGAUGGUGAAGGUGAUAAGUUCUUGGGCGUGCUGCCGUUUUUCCACAUCUAUGGUCUCACCUGCGCCCUGUUCAUGUGUCUUUACCUUGGCUGGGAGAUGUUCGUCGUCGAGCGCUUCGAGCUGGAAAAGGCCCUACAAACGAUCCAAGACCAGCGCAUCACCGCCUUCUACGUGUCUCCUCCGAUCGUGCUGGCCUUCGGCAAGAGCCCGCUGGUGGACAAGUACGAUCUCAGCACCCUCAAGGUCAUGCACUCGGGCGCCGCGCCGCUGACGAGCGAGCUGACCGAGGCCGUGUGGCAGCGGCUCAAGAUCCCGGUCAAGCAAGGCUACGGGCUGAGCGAGUCCAGUCCCGUGGUGACUUGCCAGACUGUGGAUGAGUGGGCCAAGUUCAUGGGUUCUUGCGGCAAGAUGAUGCCGAAUAUGGAGGCGAAGCUGGUGGACGAGGAGGGCAGGGAGGUUGCCGAUGGUGAGGUUGGCGAGCUGUGGAUCAAGGGACCUAAUGUGUUCAAGGGUUACUAUAAGAGUCCAGACCGCACAAAGGAGGCCUUUUCAGAAGAUGGCUACUUCAAGACCGGAGACAUGUUCCACAUCGAUAAGUACGGCAACAUGUACUGCGUGGAUCGUCUCAAGGAACUGAUCAAGUAUAAGGGCUUCCCUGUCCCACCAGCCGAACUCGAAGGUCUCAUCCUAGGCCACAGUGAUGUAACGGAUGUCUGCGUUAUUGGUGUCGAUGACCGCAGCCAGGCUACCGAAGUGCCUCGGGCGUACGUCGUCCUUAGACCAGGCAUCGAAGCCAGCGAUAGCAAGGCGCAGGAGAUCAUGGAAUACGUCGCAAAGCAAGUUGCUCCUCAUAAGAAGCUCCGCGGAGGUGUUCGAUUUGUUGCAGAGGUGCCCAAAUCGCCCAGUGGAAAGAUUCUUCGGAGGAUGCUGAGAGACAAAGUGAAGCAGGAGGAGCGUGCUGCGGGAUCCAAGCUCUGAGUGGGUGUAGUUGAGAUAUGUUUGUUGAGAAGAUCGAUUUUUGAGUACUGUACGUUUGUAGAAUCUGCCCUGUUCUGGCUUCGGGUUGAUGUGAUUUCGAUGCCUACGCGAAAGAUAUGUCAGUAGGUAGUUUUUUUUUGUAUACUGUACUGCCA